AUGGUUCAAGACAAAGCGGACUUUGGCAUCUUAGUAGCUACUUGUCGACGAGAUCCUAAUAAAAUCAGAAAAAAUGGAACAGUCUUAGCAAAAGUUCCGGAAUUUUAUAAAGUUCAAUUGGAUAAUGGAAUUGAAAUUUUAGCCACUGUAGCGGCUAGGUUUCGGGUACCUCGAACAAAAGGAAAGGGAACCAUGAAACCUCGCAUUUAUGAAACUGAUAAAGUAGUUGUAGAAAUUCCCUUAGCCCAGACUAAAAUAGAAAGAGGAACAAUUGUAGGAUUUAGCAAAAUCAGUUUUACAAUAAAAGGCGAAACUUUUACCAUCGAUAAAGAACAUCCAGCAACUCAGGAAGAACGGGAGGCAGCGGAAGAAAGAAUAACUGAAUGCCUAACUCAGAAAGAUUGUACGUUUUGUAGCCAAAAAGUAAAAAGAGAAGAAUUAGCCGGAUUUGAACAUGACUAUAACAAUUCAGACGGAAUUGAAGCACCGAUUUUUAAUGAACAUUCUUAUGGAAGUCUAAAAGAUUAUUUAAGCAUAGAGGGGCUAAUUGGCAAUGAAGAAAACGAAAAUUGCUUGGCAUUACCUAAUUAUCCUAAAUCAGGAAAAGAAAAAGAUCCACUUUUAAUGAAUUUGACCAGCAGCAAAUUGCUAAAUUUAAAGAGGAAGAAUAAUGGAAAAAAUCAAGGAAUAGAAGAAGAAAUGAAAGAAACAUUAACCAAGAAAAAUUGUUAUUUUUGUAAAGAAAAAGUAAACGAAGCAAAUUUAGCAGGAUUCGAACAUGAAAAAGAUCAAAUUUUAAUAUUGGGAAAUCCAAUUUGUCUAACUUGUUGGAAUAAAAAAGCCAGAACAAAUAAAGAAAAAUUAAAAGAUUAUAGUAUCGAAGAAGCAAAAUCACUAAAUAUGAACAGUUUUACAAAGCAAAAAACUAACUCUGGUAGGUUAACUAGCAAAAGUAAAAAAACAAGCCAAAAUAAGCAAGAAAUAUCAAAUGAGAGCCUAGAAAAUCAAUCUCCUCCAACUAAAAAGAAAAGAAGUUACGAGAAACCAUGCCAACUAUUAGGCAGCAUUAAUUCUGUGCAACGAAAAGAAGUAACUCGAAAAGGACAAAACCAUGGCAGAACUUAUUUUGAAAUAAACGUUAAAGACAAAAUCGAAAAUAUAGAGAUCCAACCAAACAAAGAAAUUAAUGUAAUUUACGUCUUCCAAGACACUAUCCGUAAAGAAAAAAUUUGA